AUGGACCUGAGUCUUAUCAUCCUCGACUACCAUACUCAGCUCUUCUUCUUUGUCCCCGGGGCGGUUUCCAGUCGAGGAAACCUCCGGGCUUCCCUCACGCCGUUGGGCGCCGUUGGGCGCCGUUGGGCGCCGUUGUUGCUGGGCGCCGUUGUCGCUGGGCGCCGUUGUCGCUGGGCGCCGUUGUUGCUAGGCGCCCCGCUCAUCCGCCACAGCCCUCCCUCAGCCCACUGGCGUCUGGAUGAAAUAGUUCACAAAUACUGCUCUAGGAAGAAAAAGGAAAGGGCUGGCGUGCUGUCUGGUUUUAAUCCAGAAAGUUAUGAGCGCUUAAUUUUGCUAUUGUGUAAGUACUCACACGACAUCAUCAAUGCUGAGAACAAAAAAGUUCUAAAGGCUCAUGAGUUGUCUGGCCUUGAUGAGAAUGAGCUGCGAGUCCUGCUUCUCCAAAACGACCCUUUCUUCCUCCCUGAUGUCUGCCAACUUUACAACAGAAAGGAUUGUACCUGCAGCAAGCAAGACAAUUGCAACAGGCUUCAUGUUUGUCGACACUUUCUCCACGGGGAAUGUAGAUUUUUUCAAUGCAAGAGGUCCCAUAACCUCUUGGAUACCCAUGGAUUAAGACUAUUGGAAACUGGAGGCAUUGAUGCAAACACAGCUUCAAACAUCCAGGCUAUAUAUGACUACAAGCAUGUGGAAUUCAACAAGGAACUGAAGAAGGCGAGAAAUUUACACAACUGCAAACCAAGAGAAAAAUUAUUGAAAAAUCCUGACUUUAUAAGGAGUAAAGAACCAAAGAUACCUUCACAAAUAGCGGGCCCCACACUGCAUAUGCCACCUUCAGACGAUCCCAAUAGCAGUGUACCUGGCCAGAGCCAACACCCGUUGACAGCUGGAGUUAAAGACAAAGAUAAAAAAGACCAUUCCUCUGCUAAAGCUUCAAAGGACAAUAAAGAAGACAAGUGUGAUGAGCUAUGUGUGUUCUAUGUCUGGAAGUACUGCAAACAUAAAGAUAAAUGCAAAUUUGUUCAUUACCAUUUGCCGUAUCGAUGGCAAGUGUAUAAUGGGAUCACCUGGAAUGACCUUUCCAUGAUGGAGGAAAUUGAAAAGGCCUAUUGUGACCCAAAAACCAACAGCAUAGCACAUAAGAACAUUAAUUUCCAGACAAUGACCUGCUGUUCUUCUUCGCUUCGACGCCUCUCUACACCGUCAUCAGUCACAAAACCUGCAUUUGUAUUGACCACACAGUGGAUUUGGUAUUGGAAGAAUGACCAAGGCCAGUGGAUUGAAUAUGGAGAACAGGGAGAAGGGGAUAGUGUGAAGUCGCCAUCUUCUGAUAUUCUUGAGAAUUUGUAUCUAGCUGAUCCAGAUGCCACCAUAUCUUUCAGUGCUGGCUUGUAUCAUUACCAGCUCAAUUUUAAAGAAAUGAUCCAGACAAACAUGUCUUUUAGAACUCGAAGGCAGGUCUGCAGGCGACCAAAGUUUGUGUCUUCUGAAGAUGUGCAGAAGAUAAAGAAAGGCCCUAGGGAUUCUUCUGUUCCAAAUCAAGCCUGUCCUGUGCACUGGGAUAAAUCUGCACUGCCUGACUUUGGAUACAAGGCAGUGGACAUCAGUAAUACAACCUCUGAAUACAACAGAAUACAGCAGCUGUUUCUUCAGACUAUGAAAAGCUAUGAUGUCCUUAAAAUACAGAGGAUUCAGAAUCCAUCCCUCUGGAAAGUGUUUCAGUGGCAAAAGGAGCAGAUGCAGAGGGAAAAUAGAGGAAAGGAAAUAAAUGAACAGCUCCUGUUCCAUGGAACCAAGAUCUCCUUCGUGGAAUCCAUCUGCACUCACAACUUUGACUGGAGAAUUUGUGGAAGCAAUGGAACUAACUAUGGAAGAGGAAGUUACUUUGCAAGAGAUGCUUCCUAUUCCCAUGCAUACUGUCAGCCUGCGGUGAAAUCAAGCAUCAUGUUCGUGGCUCGUGUAUUGGUUGGUGAAUAUGUUAAAGGCAAUGCAGCCUAUGUUCGCCCCCCAACAAAGUCUGCUGAUGGGCUUCGGUUUUAUGACAGCUGUGUGGACAAUGAGUUAAAUCCCUCCAUUUUUGUUGUCUUUGAAAAAUACCAGAUUUACCCAGAGUAUAUAAUAGAGUAUGCGGAGAAAGAAAAAAAAUGUAUUGUAUCUUAGAGGGAUCAGAGCUGUUUGUAUCCUUCAUCUUAUUUUCCGUGUUGCAGGUGUUCUCAUAAUUGGUGACUUCUUUCUUUUUAAUAAAAUCCUUUGGAAUUUUAAUCCAAAGAAUUUCUGUGUUGAGGAGGGUUGGCAAAACAGAUGUUACAUUUGUUGAGACUAAUUGCCUUGUCUUCUCCUCUUCCUCUCUUAAAUGAAGCACAGUCGUUUGGAUAACCAUAGCAGAAAAAUCAGAAUCAUGGGAUGGGAAAUCGAACGUUACGACUUCUGUGGGGAAAUAAUUGUAAAUGCAUUUUCUUAGAAAUAGAGAGGAUUUCUCUUUGCAAACAGUUCAGUUAAGAGAAAAAAUAACAGUACAGUAGUUUUUAAGCAAACUCUCAGGAUUUUAGUAGUCUUUAGGUUCUUUUCAGUGCAGAAUAUGGUUGUUCUUGAUCCUCUUGUCUAUCACAGCUCUGAACAAGUCAGCAUACGUAAGAAUGGCUUGACUUAGGUUUCAAAGUGCUGCUUGUUAAUGCUGAUACUAGUUUCAAGUUUAAAACGGUAAAACAAAAAAAUAAAAAGCUUAUUUUAAAUCCAUGUCGGAAGAUCAAUAGCAGCUACGGUUCGGAUCAGAAAAUUGUUGGAUCAAAUUCUUUUUGCAGAUCUGCAAUAGCUUGCUGUGUGACCUAUACAAAAAUACAGUUCAAGCAAAACUGUGAAAGUCACAACCUGUGAAUAAGCAGGUAAUAAGAUUCAGUGGUUUGGCUGCAACUAAUGGCCGUAAUAUAUAAAGGCUGUGUCACAACGAGCCAGGCUUUCAAGCAAAUCUGGCCACGUACUUUCUCAAUGUCAGCAUUUGCUUAGCAAAUGCUAUAGGACAGGAGAAACAUCUCAAGAAGCAUUGGUAUUUUCUGUCCUAUUCGUAUACGUUUAUUUUCGGUUUUCCAGAAAUAUGGCAUGACUGGAAGAGACCAGUCGUGUUCUCUCGAGGCCAGUGGUAGAACUGCUGUCCUAAGACACUUUGUAUUUGCGUUUUGUUGCCCACAUUGCAUUGGGCAACUUGCCAGCAAGUGUAGUUCCUCUUUGUGUUCUGAGGUAGCCGUGGGUGAUCCUGGAUACUGCUUCCCUGGGUCCGCUUUUGAUAAACUUGCUUUGUCUCUGUCAGUGGUGUACAACCCACUUCUGGUGAUGAAGCCCUUUUUUAUGAGCUUGCAUGUUUUUUAUCAUUUUUAUUAUUCUUAUUAAAAUACAGAAAUUCAUAUAGAGUUUCUAUUGAAUUUUAAUAAGGAGUUUGUACGUUAAUUGAACUGAAGACCCUCUGUACGAUGAUGUCCCAUUUCGGCAGUCUAGCUGUUAAGAGGGAUACUGUAGCUGAGGACAGAGGAGUGGUUGUUUUUGCUUUACAGUAACACGAAGAGCCUCCCAGAUAUUUGCAUCUUCGAUACAAAUCUGUCAACCACUUGUAUGGCUUAAAGUUUGCAAGUUACCAAGAGGAUGAGGAAAUAUAUAGAACCAUGAAAUCUUAGUAAAAUUACUGUCUUAGAACUAAAUGAAAACAUGCGCCAGUAAUGGUUUAAAAGGGGAAGAUUUUACCACUUUUUAAGAUCUCUCUCACUUUUGUUUGCCUGUAGAAUCAUUGAGUUUUGCCAUACUUGCUAAUAAAAUGCGUUUUCACUCACUUUUUGCUUGUUAGCGUGCAGUUUGUCUCCAUACGUAAACUUAGACAGACCUGGUGAACAAGCCAUAUAAUCCGUGUGCUCAGUGUAUUCCUGUCAUCUGUGCUUCGGAACCAGGGAACUGCAUGGGUGUCGCUUUGCAUUUUAGUGUAGGGGCUUAGCUAAGUAGGAAGGGUGGAAUACAGCCUGAUUCACGGACAAUAUUUUGGUAAAUGAACUUCCUAAGACACCCUUAAUAUUAAAAGUGCUGCGGUAGUUUGGUUGGGUUCCAUGUAAUUACACAGCUGCUCUCAGCAGUCGUUAAAGUCCUAAAAAAAGGGAAAGAAGGUGGCAAAGUAGUAGCAGAACUACUGGUUUUAAUAUGUAGAAGUAGUCGGGUAUUGACUUAUUCUAAGGAUGUACUUUUUUGAAUAUCUACAUGAGUAACUUAAAGAAUCCAAAGUAAGCACCUAUAAGACACAGUGCUGCGCUUUCCCCCAUCCCUGCAAGCUAUGAGACAGGCAAGUACAUGGAGGAUGCCAGCGAGAUGCAGUCCAAAUCACAAAAUCUGGAGGAAGGACAAGGGAAGAAAUGGGAACUCCAGUGCUGUGCUUCACAUUGUCAAAACUGCACUUCCCUAAGUCUGGGAAGAAACGCUGCCGGCUGGGGGCACAACUCUUAUCGUGCGCAGGAUAUUGGCUAUUGAAUCAGUGUGGGGUUGGACUGUAGAUGAGAGCUGCUCUGGGGAAGGAAGGAAGACACAAACUUCAGUCUGGGUAACUGAGCUGAAGAGGGGAGAAAGCUAGAAAAAACCAUACUCCAAAUGCAGGAAGAUGGAGCGCAAAGAAAAAAAAGGUUCUCCCACCUACUGGCACCUCAGCCUCUUCCAAACUGACACCAAGAGAAAUGCCAUGCUUGCUGCGGGCUGACAGAAAUCCUUUGCCCUUUGAGCUUGGUGAAUGGCAGCCUGUGUGAGAGGAAAGGAAUAAUGCCUUGUGUGGCAGCUGACCAGCCACUGGGCUGAAUUAUGGUUCCAGUUGUUGCUGCAAGCAAGCCAGCUUCAAAGUGUGUUUUCAGGAUAACCAACAGAAGUUUGGAAGUAAUUUUUUUUUCAUUCCUAGUGAUCCUGAGCAGAAACCAUAUUUGCUUUGUUCUGGCAAUCCUCGCACUGCCUAUUGAAACUGCCACUUGUGGGUCAUGUUUUUGUCUGAGAUAGCCUAUGCGUGCUAAGAGCACUUUGAGGUGUCGCUGCUGAUGCUUUGCCUGGAUUUCUGGAUUUGCUAAAAGCAGGUUAUUGACUGCCCUGCUGUGUCUGCCUCAUUCACUAGCCUUGUCUUACAGUCUGGAUAAUGGCUUUCAGGGAAUCCAGUAGGUGCAGAACAAGCUUGUUCAGAAAAGGCUAAAAAUACAUUUGCUACGGGCACAUUCUGUAUUUAACCCAGUAAUUUCACCUUCUAGGCACGGUGUUACAGGGGCUCUGCAUGAACAUGGGUGCUGCUGCUCUUAACUUCUAGAUGCCUUUCUUUGUGUUCCUGUCUUUAAACUGAGGGAAUAACUACUUCUCAUGUUUCAAGACACAGAGAAAGCUUAGAGAAUAGCACCACAGAAUGCGUUUUGAGCAGCACCACUUAGCAAGCUUGUUGCACUUUACCUCUGAAUAUAAUUUUUUUCCAGUCUACCCCUGCUAGCUGGGGUGCCAACCAGCAAGUGUGCUUACAAUGAAGGGCAGGCCAGAUGCAAUCCUAGCCACCAGCUGGUCAGCAGCUCUGUUAGUCGUGUCUCCUCCCUCCACCCCGCCCCAAACCCUUCAAGUAUUAAGACUGCGAGCACUGUGAGGUAAUCUGUGAAAGGGAAUGGCAUGAGCACAGUUUCCCAGCCCCUGCAAGGCUCUGGGGCUUUGUUUUGCUUCCUGGCACAUUCAAGCCUCUCCAAAAAAAAAAAAAAAAAAAAAAAAGAUGCUACGCUGGCGACAGCUCUGAAGAAAUGAAAGCUGUGAAUGUGCAGCCCGCUGGCACAGCUGCUCUUUGGGUUCUUGCAUCUCAAAGACAAGGCAGCUGCACAUGGGAGUCUCCAAGACAAAUGCAACGCCUGUUUUCAGGAAAAAAAGACUCAAGGCCUUGGAACAAGCCCGUUCACCGAUGUCAAGCGUUGUCGUGGCCUGUGAGACUGCGUGGUGGCUGUUCACAGGUAGGCACAAUACCCUCUCCAAAGGUCUCGGUCAGGAGCUAUGCAUACGAAGAAGUUAAGAGAAGCUAUCAUUUGGAGAGGGUCCUGCAGCUGACUGAGGCCUUUGUACCUGAAAAAAAUCUGUAUGUAUGCCUUGAUCAGGAACACACGGGUUGAAAAUGCGUUUUAAAAAAACAUGUUAAUAAAUCUGGUCUUCAUUUGCAAACAAAAAAAAAAUUACUCAAAACCAAUGUACCUGCCACGAUAGCUGGUCAUGAUACCACUGAUGCUGUGAUACGCUUUCUUCACCAACAAAAUUGAGAAGCUGGAGUAAGGAAGGGCUUUGUGGUUGAGUGGCAGGAGCCUAGGCAAGGCCUUAGGUGAUGGGCGACAGCCGUGCUUUCACAGCAGCCUCCUAUACCUACCACAAGUCAUCACGGUGGGUUUUAGUACAGCUUAAUGGCACUAACAGUCUAAACCAGACCGGUCUUUAACAAUUCUUUUAAUGGUUCCUGACAGCUAAACCUGCUGCAGCAAAGGUUUUCUAAAGAACUUCUUGGGUCAGCUUGCUUGAUGCUAAUGGAACUGUUACAAGUACCGCAGUACCAGGUCUGACAGUAGCGACGUCCAACAGAACGUCACCCGCUCCCUGUUUCGUUGCACUGAGCUACUAGCAGCAGCCAACGCUGAAGGAGCGGUAGAGGUUAACUGAGCUGAUGGUGUACGUGGUGUCAGCACAGAUGGCUAAGCAUGCAGUUCAGAAAAGGCUGGUAAAGUGGGGAUAUUGCCCUUGCAGCCACUCUGAGGAUCAUGAAAAAUUACCAUCAAAGUUAAAAGUAGAUGUUUCCUGAUGUAAUGCUGGCAGGGGAGUUACUGCCCAGGCUCAAAUUCCGAUGCGUAUCACGAAGGACUACUGCCUCUGCCCCUCCUAAUGCAGAAAAAGAAGAGCCAGGGAGGCUGGGAGGGAUGGCCUGCUAACUUCAACGGGUGUGGCCGAGACAGAACAACAGCAAGGAUGAGGAUGUGCUUGUGUUUGCAUAACCUGUGCAAAGCCAGUACCUCUUUCGUAAGCAGCAGAUGUUUAUAUAAAGUUUCUGCUGACUGCUUUCCAACUGCUCUGCUUAGAUAUGAAAAGGUGAGCUUUUAGGAGUCAGCAUGGUCCGUGGUCAAGUUCUUCCUCUGCUUGUUCUUCCUCUCCUCUUGUUCUUCCCACUGAGCUACCUGCUUGUUGACUGUUUUCCAUAACGGUAAUUGAAAAUGAUUCAGCAUAGCACGGCGAAGCAAGACAGAAUGCUUCAAGUAUUUUAGAUAAAAAUAAGGGGAAGAUAAGGCAGCAAACCAGAAGUUUUCAUUUACUGGGCAAAAUGUGUAGGAUUAGUUGGGUGAAAAAGCCUCUCAUCACAUUCAUGGAAGCAAAGAGGACACACAGUUACAGGUUUAUGAAAUUAAGCUGAAUAACCCAUUUAAAAGCAAGGAAGCCAUGCACUUGCUCCUCAACUGAGCCCAUCUUUCAAUUUAUUGACAUAAAGCAGACAGAAUUCUCUAUCUUGUUCUAUCAAACAUACCUCAAGUGUCAUUCUUUAAUUUGUGUAGCAAUAGAUCACAUAAAGUACAUGCUUCAUAGCCAGCCAGCAUAUUUCUCAGGGUUUUGUACCCUAGUACGAUUGGUUAUAUUCCUUGAGUAAAAAGUUAUCUGUCUAAAGUAAUCUCUUGAAAUGCACUCAUUAAAAAUAGCAGUAAAAAUCUAGUAUAGCUUUGGCACAGAGUGAGCCAAUCACAGUCAUGGCUGGACAGAUAAAACAGUGGCGAAGCUGAAGAGCAGGGAACUACAACUGUCCGAAGGAUUGAGAAGGCUGCAGGCAAGGAUGCAAUAUCCUUAUCUGGUUUCACAAAUUAUCAUUGAUUUAAAAAUAAACUAUUUUUUCCUCAACCAAGAGCUGGGGGAAGAAGGGUGGCAGCAAGGCACUUCCCCAUUUUAUUCCUCUAUGCAGUAACUCCAGGGGCAGUGCAGGGUCACCUGUGAAACCACUUUUUUAGGUCAAAAGGAAACUUUAUGUGGGAUGGGGCCGCUGUGGGACACAGGGAAGAGCAUGUGUGUAUCCAGGAGAGCUUACAGAUGUGAUACCAAAGCCAGAGCUUGGGCAGUUGAAGAAUGUAGCAUUUCUAUUCAGGAAGAAGAGGCAGUGUUAGUUCCGUUUCGUUUGAAAUACCAUCUUUCCCUUCAUUAAGGAGUUCUGGAUUACUGGAGCGAGAAAAAUCUGUUAGCUCUGCUACACUGCAGGAAUCCAGAGGCACCAGAACUUCAUAGAGGGACAUGGCUCAUAUCGUGCCUCAUUUGCAGCACCAAAGCUUGUCACAUCGCUUGUGCCAGGACAAAGCUUUGUGUCAGUUCCCCUUAGCUCUCUUUCCCCAUCAGAAGCUCCCUUCCAGUCUUCACUUGCUCUUGGGUACCUCUAUAAAGUCUGCGCUUUAACACCAGUUUAAAACUCUACUUUGCUAACCUGCAGGGAUUUGUGCUAUUGAGAUGGCAGUAAGGCCUGACUUUCCAAAAGCUCAGGUAAGCACGAAGAUGCCAUUUCAAACUACCAUUCCGAGAUGGUACUGUUUUAGCUGUAAUCCAGGCUUUUCCUUUUUUCUGAAAGAUUUAAAAGCGCCAAGGGAGUAGCCGUGUUAGAAUAGUCGCAGUCAGCUGUUACCCCUCAUGUCUGGUUUCAUUCACAUGGUAAUUUCAGAAAGCUCUGAGGUGCUAUAUUGAAAGGAAAAAGUUUAACAUUUAUGAGAGGGAGUCUAAAAACAUGCACCUGGAAAGAGAUCCUGAAUGCAAACAGAUCUGUCAUACCAGAGUCUGUGACUCAUGCCUGAAUGGACUGGAAGCCUGAUUGGGAAUUCAGUUGACACCUGUGUUGGCUCUGGGCCCCAUACUUUCCUAUUAGCUAUGUUUAAAAAGGUCCAUUUGAAUUACCUGAGCAGUUUACUGAUUAUUUAAGACAUUAAUGAAGUAACAAAUUGGGCUAAUGGAUGACUGGAAUCCAGGCACUAUUACUAAACUCUAUAUAAUCAGGGUCAGAGGGAACUUUCAGGAAAAUAUACCAGAAAAGCAGUGUCCUGGGAUGCUUCAGGAAGCUGCGCAUUAUCAGCAGGUUAUCUUCUUCUUUCCUGGUGGAAUCAUCUAAGAUACAGACUCCUGAAAUGCAACAGCUGUGUAUUUUUUUUUUUUUUAAGUAAAUCAUUGUCACACCUCUGACUCAUAGGGGUACUCUUACCUACUGAGAAUGGUUUAC